GCACCACACGCCGUCGGCGCUAUAGCAACGGUAGCUAGCGGCGGGGCGAGAGUGGCGAUACAAAAUGUCUGGUCCAACUGAUGAGACUGCAGGAGACCUGCCUGUGAAAGAUACAGGUCUAAAUCUCUUUGGAAUGGGAGGGUUACAAGAAACUUCAACAACACGGACAAUGAAGUCUCGCCAGGCAGUGUCACGUAUCAGUCGUGAGGAACUGGAAGACAGAUUUUUGCGUUUGCAUGAUGAGAACAUUUUACUUAAACAGCAUGCCCGCAAGCAAGAGGAUAAAAUUAAAAGAAUGGCCACCAAGUUAAUACGGCUAGUUAAUGACAAGAAAAGAUAUGAAUGGGUUGGUGGCGGCCCCAAGCGGCUGGGAAGAGAUGUGGAAAUGGAAGAAAUGAUUGAGCGGCUGCAAGAGAAAGUUCAUGAGCUUGAAAGACAAAAUGAAGUCCUCAAAAACAGACUAAUUUCAACCAAACAGCAACUUCAGAUCCAGGGUCACAGGCAAACUCCAUACAGUUAUGUGCAAUCUCGUGUUAACACUGGGCGUAGAAAAGUGAAUGAAAAUGCAGGCUUACAGGAAUGCCCCAGGAAAGGUAUUAAAUUCCAAGAUACAGAUGUAGCGGAAACUCUGCAACCCAUGCCUACAAAACAUGGCAACAUUUUACUCGAAGAAGCCAGAGGAGAAAUAAGAAAUUUAGAAAAUGUUAUUCAGUCACAGAGAGGCCAGAUAGAAGAGUUAGAGCACUUGGCUGAGAUCCUGAAAACUCAGUUGAGGAGAAAAGAAAAUGAAAUUGAGUUAUCUCUUCUUCAGCUUCGAGAACAGCAGGCUACAGAUCAAAGGUCAAACAUUCGGGACAACGUAGAAAUGAUUAAGCUUCAUAAGCAGCUAGUGGAGAAAAGCAAUGCUCUUUCAGUAAUGGAAGGAAAAUUUAUUCAGCUUCAAGAGAAGCAAAAAACUCUCCGGAUCAGCCAUGAUGCCUUGAUGGCAAAUGGAGAUGAGCUAAACAUGCAGCUUAAAGAGCAGCGUUUAAAAUGCUGCACUCUUGAGAAGCAGUUACGUUCCAUGACAUUUUCUGAAAGAAGAAUAGAAGAGCUGCAGGAUAGAAUUAAUGAUUUAGAAAAGGAACGGGAACUUUUAAAGGAAAACUAUGAUAAACUUUAUAACAGUGCCUUCAGUGCUGCCCAUGAAGAGCAAUGGAAGUUAAAGGAACAGCAGCUGAAAGUACAGAUUGCUCAACUCGAGACUGCCUUAAAAUCCGAUUUAACAGACAAAACUGAAAUCCUUGACAGAUUAAAAACUGAAAGAGACCAAAAUGAGAAGAUCAUUCAAGAAAAUAGAGAACUACAGUUACAGUACCUGGAACAAAAGCAACAACUUGAUGAACUUAAAAACCGCAUGAAAAUUUACAACCAGGAGAGUGAUAUUAAUGCUGAUGAAUUGAGUGAAGCUCUCCUGCUUAUAAAGGCUCAAAAAUCACAAAAAAAUGGAGACCUUUCUUUUUUAGAAAAAGUAGACAGUAAAAUUAAUAAAGAUCUAGAACGCUCCAUGAAAGAGCUGCAAGCAACUCAUGCAGAAACAGUGCAAGAACUUGAAAAGACAAGAAACAUGCUGAUUAUGCAACAUAAAAUUAAUAAAGAUUAUCAGAUGGAAGUUGAGGCAGUGACCCAGAAGAUGGAAAAUUUGCAGCAAGAUUAUGAACUCAGAGUGGAACAGUAUGUCCACCUUCUUGAUAUCAGGGCUGCACGCAUCCAGAAACUAGAAGCCCAAUUAAAAGAUAUUGCCUAUGGCACCAAGCAGUACAAAUUUAAACCAGAAAUCACGCCAGAUGACUCCGUUGAUGAGUUUGAUGAAACCAUUCACUUAGAACGAGGCGAAAACCUAUUUGAAAUCCAUAUCAACAAAGUAACCUUUUCUUCUGAAGUGUUACAGGCAUCUGGAGAUAAAGAGCCUGUCACCUUCUGUACCUUUGCUUUCUAUGAUUUUGAACUACAGACAACUCCCAUAGUGCGGGGCCUUCACCCAGAAUAUAACUUUACUUCUCAAUAUCUCGUUCAUGUUAAUGACUUAUUCUUACAAUACAUUCAGAAAAAUACUAUAACUCUUGAGGUCCACCAGGCUUACAGCACAGAUUAUGAAACAAUCGCAGCAUGUCAAUUGAGAUUCCAUGAAAUUCUAGAAAAAAGCGGUCGAAUAUUUUGCACAGCAAGUUUGGUUGGAACUAAAGGAGACAUCCCCAAUUUUGGCACAGUAGAAUACUGGUUCCGAUUAAGAGUUCCCAUGGAUCAAGCAAUUCGACUUUAUCGAGAACGGGCAAAGGCUUUGGGAUAUAUAACAUCAAAUUUUAAGGGGCCAGAGCAAAUGCCAUGGUUAAGUCAGCAAGCACCCAAAACUGCUCAGCUCGGUUCUACUGAUUCCACAGAUGGCAACUUAAAUGAACUUCAUGUUACAGUAAGAUGCUGCAGCCGCCUGCAGUCCCGAGCAAGCCACCUUCAGCCACACCCAUAUGUUGUGUACAAGUUUUCUGACUUUGCAGACCAUGACACAGCCAUCAUUCCCUGUAGCAGUGAUCCACAGUUUGAUGAUCAUAUGUGUUUCCCAGUGCCAAUGAAUAUGGAUUUGGAUCGAUACCUUAAGUCAGAGUCUCUGAGUUUUUAUGUGUUUGAUGAUAGUGAUACCCAGGAGGAUAUUUACAUAGGAAAAGUCAAUGUGCCUCUGAUUUCAUUGGCACAUGACAGGUGUAUUUCAGGAAUAUUUGAGUUAACAGAUCAUAAAAAGCAUCCUGCAGGAAGCAUCCAUGUUAUACUGAAAUGGAAAUUUGCUUACCUUCCACCAAGUGGAUCCAUAACAACUGAAGACUUAGGGAAUUUCAUACACAAAGAAGAGUCUGAAGUUGUUCAAAGACUACCUCCAGCAUCCUCUGUUAGCACACUAGUUGUAGCACCAACACCUAAACCAAGACGUUUAACACCUAAAGAUAAGAAGGUAUCUUUUGUGGAUAUCACACCACAUCAGUGUUCUGAGACCUGUACUCCUCCUGAAGAUAUGAAGGAAAUUUCACCAGAAGUGGAACAUACACCAGAAAUAGAAAUUAAUAUGCCAACUGUUUCACAUAUUCCUGAGGUUUCUCAGGAAAGCAGUGUAGAUAAGGUAAAAGAGAAUACAGAGAAAGUACAACAAGGAAAAGAUGAUGAUGUGUCUUUACUCUCUGAGGGUCAGCUUGCAGAACGAACUUUGACUUCUUCUGAAGAUGAAACAGAAAUAACUGAAGAACUGGAACCAGAAGAUGAAGAAGACAGAUCAGCUUCUGACAGUGAUGAGUGUAUUAUUCCAGGUCCUACCGCCAAGACCAUCAGACAGCCAUCAGAAAAAAUUCGGAUUGAGAUCAUAGCUCUAAGCCUUAAUGAUUCUCCAGUAACUGUAGAUGAUACUAUCCAGCGACUAUUCAUUGAGUGCCGAUUCUACAGUCUUCCUGCUGAAGAGACACCUGUGUCACUUCCAAAACCCAAGAGUGGGCAGUGGGUCUACUAUAACUAUAGCAACGUGAUCUACGUGGAUAAAGAAAACAACCAAGCCAAGAGAGACAUCUUAAAAGCUAUACUACUUAAACAAGAGAUGCCUAAUAGAAGCGUUCGCUUCACUGUGGUCAGUGACCCUCCAGAGGAUGAGCAGGAUCUGGAGUGUGAGGACAUCGGCAUUGCUAACGUUGACCUCGCCGACAUGUUUCGGGAAGGGAGAGACAUCAUCGAGCAAAGUAUUGAUGUUUUGGAUGCCCGAGCAGAUGGUGGAGGUAUUGGCAAGCUCAGGGUAACUGUCGAAGCAGUCCAUGCCCUACGGUCUGUCUACGAGCAAUACAGAGAUGACUUGGAGGCUUGAAAGAAACUGCUCCAGAGGCAUCUCCUACUCCUGAGUAAAUGCUCACAUGAAAGCACUUAGAUGAGAUUUUCGUAAUUACUCUGCUGUAUGUAAUCUAUAAUUCAUGAGAAGCUGGGAGGGAGGAGGCCUGGGUUUGAAGUGUUCAAGUUUUGUAUACUUUUUCCAUUUGUUUAUUUUUCUAUUCCCUCCUUCCCAUGACUGCCACCCCCUCAGGACUUAAGUUCUCCACAGUGGGCAACACCUUCUCAAUAAUUUAUACCUACAUGAUAACAUGAGAAAGUCUAUUUGCAUUUUCAACAUUUUCUUAUGAAGAACUGAAAUGCAAUUCCCAUUUUUAUUUUUAAUAAGCAAAAAGCAUAAACCUUAGAAAACCUAUGAAAAAGAAAUACUUUUACGUUAUCCCUAAUUGUCCCACUAAAUGGAAUGUGUAUGAUUAGCCUCAUUAAGAGUUUUGCACUGUGAAGAUUUUAUUAGAAGCAAUAUUAUGAAAAUUACUUGGAUUAAUGUGUUAAUCUUCCUCUUUAAAAUGCUAAUAUCCAUUUUAUGCACAUUAAAGCUCAGUAUGCAUUUUCUUUGAUGCAUGCCAUUUCUAUCAAUUACAUAUAAAGAAUGAGACUUGGCACCAACUUA